ACUGGUCACAAAUUCUCACGAACAAAACUGCACGCUUCAGCGACUCAAUUCAAAAUGGUAUUGACGUUUUAUUGGCAUCCCGCAAGCGGGCCGGCUAAAGUUGUAUGGUCAGUAUUAGAAGCCCUUGCAAUCCCGUACGAAAAGAGAUUUAUUGAUCUGAUAGGCAAAAAGGAUCACAAAAGUCCAGAAUAUCUAGCAAUCAACCCAGAAGGCAAAGUACCGUAUAUCGUUGAUGGGAAUUUUAAUUUGGGGGAAAGUCGGGCUAUCAUUUGCUAUCUUUGCUCAAAAUAUGAGGAAAAUGACAAGGAAAAGAAACUAUAUCCGACCGAAUUGAAAGCUCGGUCCAAAGUCAACGAAUCGCUCUUCCACGAUUUUCAGUACUUCACAAAUAUUUUAGAAUAUUCCAAUAUCCUUGGAGUUCUUUAUCGUGGAGAAACUGGUCCAAUUCCUGAACGAUGGCCUGCGUUAGAAGACAACUAUAACCGGUUAGAAAGAAGACUUACACAUCAAGAAUAUAUGGCUUCAGAUUAUAUUACCGUUGCAGAUUAUUCCGCGUUUGCUGUCGUUGCUGGUAUCGAAAUUAUUCUUCCUGAACUGGACUUUGACAAAUAUCCACGCCUCCUAGAAUGGAAAAAGAAAAUGGAAGAUAUACCCGCCGUUGAUUUUUGUUAUGGAGAUUCUGUGGCAAAGUUUAAAGAAAAGUUCGAUGAAAUUGUGGCUGCAAACAAAGAGAAAAAUACAAACAAAAAUUGAUUGAUUUUUGAAGAAUGAUAUUUGUUGGAAACACUAUAUGGAUAUGUCAUACUACUAAACUUACUUUUUUUGUAACUAAUUAUUGACUUUUUUGAUGUUUUUUUGACCCGUUUUAUAUAACUUUUUGUAUUCAGGUUGAUUCACAUACUAUUACUGCUUCUUGCGGUCGUGAUUGCACGAUUGUCCAUAUAUAAGCUAGCAUCCAAAUGUAUACAUAUAUUUUUUUCUCUCAUUUUGUUGCAUUACAUAUAUGCCAUUAUGCUUCAGUAAACCUUGAAAUAACAGGCUCUGCAAAUGCCUGGUUGUCACGCAUUGACGAAGCAUGGCGAGGAGGGUUGAGAUAGCUUUGAACCAAAGACGGUAAUCCCAACGCGUUAUCCAACAUAGCAUUAUAGAUCAUGCAUGCUGUUUCUAUGUAUUUUAAAGUAUAUAGUAAGUACAUCUGCAAUAAUGUUAUAAUGGGAACCGCCAUAUGCGCGUAACAGCAUUAAUGAACUGAAUUCAUGCAUUCAUUGUGGUGUAAUAUCUCAAUGUCUUAGGGCGUUCGCAGUGUAAAUUGGUGAAUUAUUACUGUAAACAUGGUUGCAUGGUAAUUAUAUUUCUG